AUUUCAAAAGGGGGAAACCUGUGAAAGGAGUAGUAGGCCCCACUUUUCCUCUCAGUUCUCGGCUUUGAAAUUCAAUUCAAGAGAUGAAAUUCAAGUAUCAAAAGAAACAUCAUCAGUUCGACCCAAUUAAACACGCGCUUUUGCACUUUGCACGUGUUAUCGGCAAGGCCUUUCUAUACCUGGGAACUCCGCCCCUCUGUCCGCUUCACCAGAGCUGUCCUCUCCUCCAACUCCACUGCCAAUAUCUGGGCAUCCUUCCCAUCUGCAGCCUGUGCUCGUUCCCUGAUAUCAAGAUCCCGGCGAGAUGUUUGAAUUCGUGCUCUUCGUGAUUCGGCAAGUCACCGGAUUCAUCUGCCCCAUGAAGAUCUUCCACGAAAUUCAGGAAAUGGAGGAGCAUCCAGU